ACUUCUCUGCUCUUUGCCAGAAUCACCCUAUCCCCAUCCCUCACCUCCCCAAUUGUAUUAAGCAGAUACAGUGUGCCAGGCACUGUUUCCAGUGCUGCACCUGUAACAUUUUUGGUGAAGAAGAGAGGCAAAGUAAGGCCCCCUGAAUACCCACUGAGCAGCCCAUAGUGCUGUUCCGUGGAACACCAUUUCUCCUGAGUGCUGCAAUGUGGGACCCAGAUGCUACCGUCUGAUUUGUCAGUCUCUAUGAUGUGAAGAGAAAGUUUGUCUCUUAAGACUGGCAGACUCUUGUGGUUCAGUGCACAUGCUUCAAGUUUACAAGGAAUUCCAGUGGAGAAUUAAAAGGGUUCUGAGUUUCCAUAGGAUUUGAUUGAUGAGAUGGACAACUCAUCUGGCUAUAAUGUCAUUGAUGUACCACUCUCAGCUGCAACUUCAGUAUUUCUUUCAGACCUCAAACAGCCAUUGAGACUUGCUACUUGCAAAACACUACAAAACAGCUUAUGAUUUAGCUGGGGGAAAACGUUUUUUGGGAAUAUAUCUUGUGUUAGACAUUAUUCUAUGUAUUUUAGGUACAUUAACUCAUUUAAUCUUUAUGACAACCCUAUGAGGUAGAUACUAUUAUUACCUCCCUUUUAAAGGUGAGAAAACUUUGACACAGAAAGGCCAAAGUCACAUUGCUGGUAAGUGGCAGUGCCAGGAUUAGAAUGCUGGCCACCUGGCUUUAGGUCACACCUCCUUUCAGAAACCAGAGACCAGUGUGAAAAUUAUGUUCUAAGCUGUAAGUAUUCAUGUAUGGCCUUGAAAAGCUGAGGCUGGAACUUCUAGAGAAGUACAGAGAAACCUGGAUUUGAAAUCUGGGUUUUCUAGUUCUGCUUCUUUUUCUAAUUAGCUAUAUGACCUCUUUGGGCAUUGGUUUGGUCAUCUGUAAAAUAAAGAGGCUGAGCUAGAUGAUUUCUAAGGAACCACCCUAAUCUAAAGCUCUGUGCUUCAAAUGAUGUACCAGGAUGCCCAGUGUGCGCUAAGGGGGGUUAGCAGUGGUUCCUCUGUUCUCCCACAGAAUGCCCCUGUGUGGCUCUGCCAAUGUUCACAGGCCUUUCCUACAGCUGGUAGUGCCAUCCUAAAACCCUCUUUACCUAGGCGGUUCAAGAAAAGAGAAAUAUCAUAUGCAAUGGAAAAGGAAUAAUAAAAACUCAUUCAUUGAGCAUCUAAUUUGUCCCAGGCACCUUAUAAGUUCCCUUACAUAUCUAAACACUCAAAGACAGGUUCUUUAUCAGGCCAAAGCCGUUCUGCUCCUAAAUGAUAAUACUGUGACUCAGAUCCAAGAUUUUUUUUUUAUUCUAAAACUGAUGCUUUCAACUUCUACUCUGCAAUGACUUAAAGCCCGGUGGAUGUGAAAGAGAAAGCAAAAUAGAUUAUCUUAUCUGUUUCAUUGCCUGCCAUGGGAGAUAAGGACUACUCAUUUUAAAAUCUGGAAAACAAGGCCAGAGGCAACCUGUGUCCAGUCAGUGAUUCACCAUAGAACUUGAACCCAGGUCUCCCACCUCUUGCUCCCUGCCUAUCCCACCUGUUGCUCAAGGAUUGCCUGAGAGCACAGCUGUGCACUGACAGUGCUCUAUACUUCCAGGGGCUUGGAAGAGGGCACACACAAACUGCAGUGCCCUGCCAGGAGCGCAGGUGGCGUGAGAACUUGUUCUACUGUAAAGGAACAUUCAGUCCUGGGGACAGCAAAAGAUAAACUGAAACAUUAGUUAAAAGUGGUUUUUCCCCCCUUAUAACCUCCAAACAUGAAAACCAGUGAAAAAAGGGAUUGUAAAGCUCCGAUGAGAUAAAUAUUAAAGUGCUUUGUAAACUAUAAAGUGCUACGGGCAUGAUAUUCUGCAUAUCUUUGAAAUAAAGGGCAUGUUGUUAAUAGCCAUUUACCAGAGAAGAGUAACAGUCUAUCAGGCCAUGAGGGAAUUGCUGACUGCCAUAGUGGGAGGUCUCCUGAGCCUGGAAAACACCCUGUACCUUGAUAACUCUUUUGUAACUGUCAGCAGGGCUCAGGGCAUCAAUGUUUCCUUUCCAAUGUUGCCAAUGAGCAUCUCUGUGUCUCUUUGUCCCAGGCCUCAAGGCUGGCUGAGUAGCUGGCUGCCGGCUUGGCGCCCCACUUCGAUGUCUCAAUUGAAGAAUGUGGAAGCCAGGAUCCUCCAGUGUCUCCAGAACAAGUUCCUGGCCCGGUAUGUGUCUCUCCCAAACCAGAACAAGAUCUGGACGGUGACCGUGAGCCCCGAGCUCAGGGACCGCACCCCCUUGGUGAUGGUGCAUGGCUUCGGGGGUGGUGUGGGCCUCUGGAUCCUCAACAUGGAUUCACUGAGUGCCCGCCGCACGCUGCACACUUUUGAUCUGCUUGGCUUCGGGCGAAGCUCCAGGCCAACAUUCCCGAGGGACCCAGAAGGGGCCGAGAAUGAGUUUGUGACCUCAAUAGAGACGUGGCGGGAGACCAUGGGGAUCCCCAGUAUGAUCCUCCUGGGGCACAGUUUGGGAGGAUUCCUCGCCACUUCUUACUCUAUCAAGUAUCCAGAAAGAGUUAAACACCUCAUCCUGGUGGACCCAUGGGGUUUUCCCCUCCGACCAACUGACCCCAGUGAGAUCCGUGCACCCCCAACCUGGUUGAAGGCUGUGGCCUCUGUCCUAGGGCGGUCCAAUCCACUGGCUGUGCUUCGAAUAGCUGGGCCCUGGGGGCCUGGCCUGGUGCAGCGAUUCCGACCAGACUUCAAGCGCAAGUUUGCAGACUUCUUUGAAGAUGAUACUAUAUCGGAGUAUAUCUACCACUGCAACGCGCAAAAUCCCAGUGGUGAGACGGCCUUCAAAGCCAUGAUGGAGUCCUUCGGCUGGGCCCGGCGCCCCAUGUUAGAGCGAAUUCACUUGAUACGAAAAGAUGUGCCCAUCACCAUGAUCUACGGGGCCAACACCUGGAUAGAUACCAGCACGGGGGAAAAGGUGAAGCUGCAGCGGCCGGAUUCCUAUGUCCGAGACAUGGAGAUUGAGGGUGCUUCACACCACGUCUACGCAGACCAGCCACAUAUCUUCAAUGCUGUGGUGGAAGAGAUCUGCGACUCAGUUGAUUGAGCUGCUCUUGCUAGAGGAAGCGGAGAAAGCCAGAGAGUCGCUCUCGCCUCCCUGUCUGCUUACUCACCCCUCUGUCCUUUCCUUACCAACUAACAUGUGCCAGCCAGUCAGAGUCUUGGGCUGCUCCCAAGGCAAGAACACAGUGAAGAGCACUCCUGACCCUAUGCUAAGGGCUGGAGGCAGAAGCCACAAAGACGCCUUGAGCUCCCCACCCCAGGGGAAGAAUAUUAAGGGUCACUUAGUGCCACCCUAUUCUCUCCAUGCCAAGUGUUACCCCACAUAGUGGUUGUGAAGGGCCUGCACUGAACCACGUUCCCUCCCUGCCAAAGGGGAGGCAGCCUCUCUUCCCCUGGACAAAGCAGAGACUCCCACAGUCUCCCAGCUCUGGAACGUUUCUGGGGGUAGGUUCCACGAAAGAGCAUCUUCCUCCUGCAUCACCCCCUUGCCCCUCCCAUGCCAGCAUCCAGGGUGUGGUUGGGAUCAGUUCCCACUUAGCUACCAAGAGCAGGUUCUGGAGCUUCCUUAUUCAGCGCCCCUCCCAUGACCUGAGAGGUCAUAUCUAAAGCCCUCAGUGGAUGAGGGACAGGCCAGGGCAGGACAUGGCUGGCCCAUGGUGAUAGAGCUUUGUUCCAGGAAAGUUCAGACUGGCUAGAACCCAGGUCUGUUGACACCCAGUGCUCAUGCAGGCUCCAUUUGUGAAGGUUCGAGGCAGGCAGCAUUGCCAUGGGUUAACUGGCCAAGGGUGAGCCCAUCCCUGGCCCACAUUCCAGGCCCAUUGCACAGGGGUGCUGUCGUCCUGCCCUGUGUCUCAGCCCUGACUGUCUAAACUGGGAAUUCUCAAGUGCUUCCUUCCCUGCCCCCUCUUCCUCCCAAGGGGAGGCCUCUGGGCCUCCCUCUGUGCCUUGGGCCCUGAAGCCCCACCUGUAGUACAGAGCAAAGGUGGCCCCUGGUGGAAAGAGAAGAGAAAGGCCCUUAAACCCAGGGCCAUGUCUGGAUUCCCUUGCUCCGGCAAGAUUUUUCUUCCUAUUCCCAGAGCUGAGGCCACCUGGAGCCCCAGCCCAUGGUCCAGUGGGGAGCCUCAUGCCAGCAGUUUCCUGUCCUCAUCAGCCAUAGGAUGGUUUUCACUGCCUGGCCCUCCAUCCCUGCCAUCUGUCCUCCAUGGUCUCCAGUUCAUCCCACUCAACCUAUCAUCCUCUCCCAGAGGCAGGCUCCAGGUGCUCCUGUGAGGUUCUGGGCAGUAGGCUGGGCCUGUCCCCAGAACCAGGGCAGCUCCUGCCUGCCUCUUCACUUUUGUAAAGCCAACCCUUUCACCAGAAUAGUAUUAACUGACCGUGCUUUGUACUACUGGUCCAGCUGCCUUGGGCUCCUUUUCUACAUUAAUAAAGAAAUGAGUAAAAACUG